AUGUCUGUAGUGAAUCCUAUAAUAUGCGCAAUAGAUACACAAAAUCUAAAUAAGGCUAUAUCUUUAGCUAAUGUUUUACGUGGUAAAGUAGGUAUGAUAAAGCUAGGGUUAGAAUUUUUUGCUGCUCAUGGUCUCUUUGGAGUAAGAGAAAUUACAAAAUGCGAUAUUCCAAUUUUUUUAGACAUAAAACUACAUGAUAUUCCCAACACUGUAGCUAGAACAGUUGCAGUAACAAAAGAUCUUAAUAUUGCAAUGUUAACACUACACAUCACUGGUGGUAUAAAAAUGCUCAAAGAAGCACUAAAUGCAGCACAAGGUACAAAGAUGAAAUUGAUUGGAGUAACCGUGUUAACCAGCAUGGACAAUAAGGAUUUGCAUGAAUGUGGAAUAGAAAAAGAAGUGACAUCACAAGUGGUUCUACUUGCAAAACUUGCAAAAGAAUCUGGUUUACAAGGAAUAGUUUGUUCUGCAUUAGAAGCACAAGAAGUACGUCAAGAAUGCGGUAAAGAUUUUAACAUUAUCACCCCAGGAAUUCGCAUAAAUUCUAGUAAUAAUGAUCAAAAGAGAAUAACAACACCAAGAGAAGCAAUUGCUUUAGGGGCUGAUUAUCUUGUACUUGGUAGGCCUAUUACAAAAAGUAUCGAUCCGGCAAAAACUGCAAAAUUGAUACUAGAGUCAUUAAAAAGAGAUCACUAG